UUGCAGGUCUAUUGUGGUUUCAUGUGGGCGCGGUUUCGUCGCUCAGGGCAGCGCAGCGCAGCGCAGAGCAAGGUGAGCUGUUCACACUCUGCCGACGCUGACUUUCCUUCGGCUGCCGGAUCCUUCGUAUGUUGAGUUCGCUGUCUAAAGGCUGAGCAAAAUGUCGAGUGCGGAUCCCCUGAAAUCGGCGAUUUCCAUCAAGAGCUCGGACGACACGUCGCUGGCUCUGCCGUCGGCGAAUGAGUAUAAUUCGCAGGAGCAGCGCGUCAGGGCGCAAGUGCAAUCCAUCAGGAGGACAAAGUCGAGGCACUCCAGCAGCGGCAGGAGCGGAUCUGCUACUCUUUCCCCAACAAGCACUGAGUAUGACUCUGUGUUUCUUGAUGCCUCAAAGUCUCAGUUGAGUUCAUCUAAUGGAGGUGUUUCUUUGAGCAAUGGCUCCUCAAAAGUUUUUACCACAAACAGAAAUAGGAAUAACCAACAAAUGAUCAAUAACAUGAAAAGAUCCACGAUGAGGAAGCAGACUAUAAAUCACUAUGAGAGCAGGUAUGGCGCUAUUGGCGGUGUAGCCAGUCUGGGUCUUGCGAACACCAGUCGCAGCGAGCCCGGACAGGUCUUGAACACCGGCGUCCCACAGUCGUAUGUCCCAAUGCAGAUACGACCAACCGUAGCACCGCAAGGCAACAGGAGCACCUACAUGAAACAACACAGCAACAGCAAUCACAAAAUGAGGAGGACCACAUCCCAAACCCACCCUCUGUAUCCUUUAAAUGGAGCGGGUCUGAUGCACAAGCACAGCCAGUACAGGGUCAGUGUCAGUCAACCUGAAAUGAACAAGACACGGUCGCAACACACCGUCACUGAUUCUACUUCCAAGACUCAAAUAAACUCAGAAGUAAAUGAAAACAGUGUGAGUUCUAACAUCACUAUGCAAGAAGCUGUGCAGCUUCUUUCCAGUAAAGAUGAGAAACACCAAAACUGUGGCGCUUCCUACAUUCAGCACGACACUUUCAAUAACAACAGAGCAAAAGAAGAGGUUCUUGCCUUGAAAGGUAUCCCCCUUCUCGUUGGUCUGCUGAAAAGCCCCAACUCACAGGUCAAAUGCACGGCCUCUGCCGCUCUGCGAAAUCUGACCUUUCAGAACAACAAAAGCAAAGAAGAGAUCCAACGCUACGAAGGCAUACCCGAGGUGGUUGCUCAGCUCAAAGACUCAAAAUCUGCAGAACUGGAUAAACACCUGGCAGGUCUUUUGUGGAAUUUGUCGUCUGUAGACAACCUGAAGAGAGACCUGCUGAAGAAUGCUCUGCCUGUUCUAAUGGAGCGAGUGAUUGCGCCUUACAUGACAGGCUCUAGAAAUACUGUCAGUGCUGAUGUCUUCUGCAGCGCCACAGCAUGCCUUGGAAACCUCAGCAGUGCAAAGCAGGACAGCAGACAGACGAUGAGGAAAUAUCGAGGUUUGAUCGACGGCUUAGUCGCUUACUUGAAAGAAUGUGUGGAAAACAAUAAAACAGAAGAUGAGGCUUUAGUAAACUGUGUGAGCAUUCUGCACAAUCUGACAUUUCACCUGCAAGAAGAAUUUCCAAGUCUGUUCAACAACAUAAAUUCUUUGGGGAAUAACAUGAUCAGUAAUGGCAAUAACGCCAACUCUGUUGGCUGCUUCAGUGCACAAAGCAAACCCCUACAGACUGAUUGUACCUUUGACUAUGCAGUCACUGAGGAUUCGCAGCCUUGUGGAGCAAGCCUUUUGAUCCACUCCAAAACACUGCAGGAUUACUUGUCUCUGCUUCAGCUGUCCGAGAACCAAUCAAUACAGGAUGGCUGCUGGGGCAUACUGCACAAUCUCACUGUGCAUGAAAGCACUGCGUCUUCUGUAAUAAGUCAGAUCAUUGUGAAGAAACUGAAAGGCAUGCACUAUAUCUCCCCCUUCUUAACGUCAGAUAAAGUCAACAUGCAGAAGAACGCAAUGGGUUUGGUGAUAAAUUUGAUCAAGAACCCAAAUCUGCACAGUGUUGUUGGUGAAAAAAGCAUCCCAGUCCUACUAAGUGUCCUCUCACAAGACACGGCUGGAGCCAACGAGUCCGAUGACACUCUUGCGUUAGCCUGUCAGGCUACCAGCGCCCUGGUUCUGAGUAACGUUGAAUGUACCAAACUACAUUUGAGGAAAGAACUGAUUCAAUCCCUGAGCAGAAUCAGCCAAAACAUUUAUUUUCCCAAAUCGAAAAAAGCGGCUUCAGUUCUUCUUAUCAGAAUGUGGUCUAAUAAAGAACUUCAGAGCUCUUUGAAAAAGCUUGGGUUGAGCAAGUCUAUGUUUAUCAAUGAAGUCACCAUGGCAGCACAAAAAUCUCUCCACAUUGUGGAGUAACACAAUUUAAAAGAUCAGCUGAAGGCUUUUUAUACCCUGAAGAAACUCACCUGCACCUGGACGUCAUAAGGACCCAGAGCCAAUGAGGCAGAACAUCGUCGCUUCAAAAGUCAGAAAAAAAUGUUCCAGAAGCUUUAUAUAAAGCAUUUCUGUCCUGUGCAUGUGCUGCAAGAUAUGUGUUUAAUGUAGGAAUAAAAGGUGAAGGAGAAGUUUGGCAGCAAUAAAGUUCCUUACAAUAGAAUUGCUUGUAUUGUCUUGUCAGUUAAAUGUCUUUUAUGGUAAAUUGUGUUUAGAAAUUCAACUUUCUUUCUUUCUUUUUUUUUUUUUUUACUUAGCACUGUAAGAUAUUAAUGUAGCAAUGCUGUAAAAUUGAUUUUGAUUGUGUAAAAUAAGCAGCAGUAUAAAACAUGUUCCUUAUAAAUGAUAUUGUUUUAGUCAUUGAUUUUUUUUCUGUUUUAUCUGUAUUUUCUCAUGUGCAAUCCAAAAAUUUGCCAUUUUGAGUUGAUGCAGUAUCACUAGCAGAUGUGUAGUGUAGUGAAAGAGGAGAGAUGAUAAUCAUUGUUUUGUAAUUGUUUUUGCAGAAUGAAUAUUUUUGCAAACCUU